AUGGCACCACUAAACAAGUCCAUCAACACCUACCACUGCAUUCAGGGCCUGUACUGGAGGAAUGCCUCUGGUGAGCUCCUGGCGGUCGAAGGCAGUAACUCCAAGUCCUUGCCAGAAAUCUGGACACAAUUAAAGGAUAUCGUUUGCUCCACAGAGAGGCAAUGGGCCCAGCUCAAUCUUCCCUCUGGCAAGUCCAUCAAGACUCUCCAGAUUACAGCCGAUAUCCCUGCUCUUCUUAACAUUCGUUCGAAUUACCCUCCCUCAUAUCAACAAGAAGAACUCUGUACCCAAGUAUCCGAGAUCGAACACGAGAAUGGUCUCUUCUUAGGUAUGCUGACAUCGAGGCCGAAGUCUGUCAAAGCCGACGGCUUCGGGGUAUGGGCAGAGCGCUUCAUUCUUCUAGAGACCGAGUUCCAGCCAUUUGCGAACAUCUCAGCAUCGACGACGCCAUGGGCAGCAAAACACCGAGAAACAUGUGCAACGAUAGCAGACAUCUUCGAACGUAGACUCAAAAACGUGUCCAGGGACGACCAAUGGCAUGUCUGUGGAAAAGAAGCUUUCUUGAACCGCGUCUACGGCUACGUCGACAAGAACCUUCCCAUCCAGCUUGCCUUACCUGCCUUCCCUUGCAAAUCGCCCAAUCCGAACAAAGUUGGGGGUAUCAUGCCAGAUCUAGCUGAGCAUAUCGCCAUGGACGCACUCCAUGAAUUCGUCAAGGAGGUCAAUACGGUUUAUGAGCCUGGUGCGACCAUGUGGGUUAUCAACGAUGGCCACGUGUUCUCCGAUUGCAUCGGUGUUGACGAUGAGAUGAUCGACACAUACGAUGCUUGCAUGGCUGCGAUAUACAAGGAGCGUUAUCCGGAAGAUGUCGGCCCUGUCCCGAGCAUCAAGUUCAAGGGCCUGAAGAAUAUCUUCUCUGCUGACUCUGAGGGCUUCCAAGGUCUCCAAAAGCUGCUCCUGAACUCUCAUCAGAUGCCGCACCCUGUGAAGACCAAGCUCACUGGUGAUGCCGAGCUUUGUCGCAAGCUGAUGUUGGGGAUUGGAGGGCCUGACCGUGCGUAUAUCCGUCAGUUGAUCGAAAAGCAGGAGCCCGAUGCUCUUGGUCUCUACCGCGGCCAGACUCGCUUCAUGUUGGAGGACCUUGCAGACAUCCCUUCAGUCAAGUCGCUGAGCGGCAAACAAAAGAAGAAGACUGCUGCUCUUGUCGCUGAAGAAAUGAUGUCUCGCAACCAAGCCUACUCAAACCUGACUGAGCUUCUGCUUCCCAACUACGUUCGUUUGUCCAUCCACGCACACAACAAUGCAGGCCCCAAAUUCGCGAUCCGGCUUUUACCAGCAAACAUGGUUCGCGCAAUCGACUCUCUGGAGACGCGUCUCGAGCCAAAUCCGGUCUACGAGUACCAGCUUCCGACACCCUGGCACAACUGCAUGAUUAAGGUAGAGGGCGACGAGUUCAUGUAUCUGGCUAAGGCUCAAGUGGCCAGAAAAGCACUGGAAAGUCCAGACUUUGAUGGCUCUUGGGUUGACGGUCCAGAUGGAUCGUACUUCAGCUUGAAGCGCAAA